CAAAAUCAAUGAAAUCAUGUAGCAGUAGUAUUGUCGUCAAUAAAUUGAUGAUAAAAUCACCAUUUCUGUACCGAAAGAGAAAUCACCAACGGCCAACGGGAUCUUACAUCGCUACAGGAGCUGAAAUUUCUUGAGCUGGAAGCCACAAUCCCAUUCAUGAGAUAUCUGGUUCAACAACAUGACUAGUAAAGAAUCAAUGGAUUUGGGUGGCGGCGGCAGAAGAAGAAGCAUCGCCCCCAAAGCAGGCUCUGUUUGGGAGAGCAGAAUGAAAAUCGAUCAAGUCAAAGGCGGCAUCAAAGUUUUCAAUGAGAAUUCUGCACAAAACACUCUAACUGCUCCUGCUGAUGAUGCUGUUACCGAGAUUGAGAUUUGCAGAGAUGCGAUUCCCAAACAGAGCCCUAACGGUGUGAGCGGGAAGAGGAAAACCUGGAAAUCCGAGAGUGGCGAUGGGAGUCCAGUUAAGAUUGCGGGCCUGAGAUCUGAAUUGAGCAGGAAUUUGGAUGAACAGAUCAACGAAUUGAGCGAUGCGGUGAAGAAAAGCCCCGUUUCGAUCAGGAAAUCGAGUUUGAGGAAGGCGAAAUCCGACUCUGUUGAGAUGAACCCAAGAGCAUCUGUUGCAGAGAAAUCUGAUGGUGAUGGCGACAGAGAGAGGAAGGCCAGAUCUGAUGAGGGAUGUGAGGAGAUCAAGGCUGCUAUUACGCCCCAAAUCAAUGGUGGAGAUGAGCCAGAUUUCGAUGAAGAUAAGAAAAUUGAAGUUGAAAAUGUAGAAAAGAUAGUCGUUGGUGAUCACAAGCACAAUAAAAUUGUGAUUGAGGAGAAGAGAUCGGUUCUGAGAAAUCAAAAAUCAGUGCCCAAUUCAUCAUCAAUUGCCAGAAAGCAGCCUCCUCCUGAUACAAAUCAUGCUCCAUUUGAUCCAACCCCAGCAAAGAUCAAUACUAAUUCAGAAAAUUUUCCAAGAAGCAGCAGCAAACUACAAAGUUUUGUCCACCUAGUAAUGUGGAGAGACGUAUCAAAAUCUGCAUUUGUUUUUGGGAUUGGAACAUUUGCUAUUGUAUCAUCUUCAUACACAAAGGAGCUAAACAUCAGCUUCAUCUCUGUGCUUUCCUACUUGGGACUUGUGUACUUAGCUGCAAUUUUCCUUUUCAGAUCCCUUAUUAGCAGAGGAUCAGAGAGUGGAAAUGAAGAUUGUGUUAUUGGUGAAGAAGAAGCAGUGUGGGUGAUGAAAAUGCUUCUGCCAUUUAUAAAUGAGUUUCUUCUCAAAUUGAGAGCCCUUUUCUCCGGCGACCCUUCCACCACGAUGAAGUUGGCAGUGCUGCUGUUCAUUUUGGCAAGGUGUGGAAGCUCCAUUACUGUCUGGACAACGGCCAAAUUAGGCUUUAUUGGAGUAUUUACCGUGCCUAAAAUCUGCUCAGCGUACUCCUCUCAGAUUACUGCAUACGGUACAUUUUGGAUAAAACGAUUUGGAGAUGCAUGGGCAUCAUGUUCUCGCAAGAAAGCAGUGGGAUUUGCCGUCUUCGCUCUUGUUUGGAACUUAUCCUCCCUCGUCGCCCGAAUUUGGGCAGUAUUCAUGUUGUUUGUGGCGUUCAAGCACUAUCAGCAGUCAUUGAUCGAAGAGGGAUCGGCCCAAGACAAAGCCAUCAACGGUCAAGAUUCUUCUUGCCAAGGGUCGACCCUAUUAAGUCGUAGAACUACAAUACAAAAUACAGAGAAACUAAAAAAUGUGUAUUGACAUUAUUUGAGUACUUUUUUACUUUCAGAAUAAAUUAUAGGCGUUGCGAUGCGUUUCAAUUUA